AUGCAGCCUCGACAGUCCGAGGCCCCGAACGAUGCUCCCGACCUUAUUCCAGCCAAGUCUCCCGAGAUAGAUACAGAUGAAGCCACCUACCUACCUGCCGAAGUGCCUUCGGCAAUGGAGGGCAUCAACUGGUGGUGUUACACGGUCCUGGGCCUCCUGUUCUUAACGGACUUCACGCCAUUAGGACCGGUGCUACUCCAGGGGGGCCGAGACGCGGGACUGUACCUUUGUGCCGUACAGUGGGGCCUAUUCGUACUACCAACGCUCAACUACUGCCGUGAGCGGGGUUGGGACCUCCGGCGGGUGCUGCGGCUACGGCCUUGCGGGCCAUCCUGGCUGAUGGCGGCUGCAAUCGCCGCCCGUACCGGUCUCGAUAUCGCACAACUGGCUGGGUUGGGACCGGAGCUCUCUGCCGCCGCUGCCCCGGACGACGCUGGCGCUACCGCUACUGCCGCCGCUGCCGCUACUGCUACUGCGGGGCUGCUGUUUGGUGAUUUGCUUCAGCGACCCGACGACCCGGGACAAUGGCUGCGGGUGCUGGCCACGAGUGCGUUGUCACCAGCGAUGGCGGAGGAGCUGCUCUACCGCGGUUUCCUCCUGACUGCCCUGCAACAGCGCCUCGGGGCCGUGGAUGCCGUCGCCGUCACCGCGGCGCUCUUUGCAGUUGCGCACCUUAGCCUGCCGCAGUUCUUCGCCUUUGUGCUACUGGGCGGCUGUGCGGGGGGGCUGGUGCUGGGCUCCGGUAGUGUGGUGCCAGCGGUACUGGCUCAUGCGGCAUACAAUACAACGGGGAUAGCGGUCGGCGUGGCGCUGACAAUGGGGUUUGGUCGAUGA